GUUGGCAACACCAAAAAUUUAAUACGAUUACGACGUUUUCACUUUUUAUACAUAUUUGUUUAAGGUCCAAUUUGAAGCUAGUCAUUAACACCUCAAUUACCAAAAAAUGUUGACGUCGCGUUUAAAUUUUUGGUCACAUAUGCGGUUGAUGCGUAAAUGCAGCACCAUAUCAUUAGGCCAACAAAAGCAGGCGAACAUCGAAAUACAUGACCCUCUCCAAGCGCAAGCCUUAAAGGAGAAGUGUAUCCUAGUAGACGAGCAAGACAAGGCCAUCGGAGCUGCUUCCAAGGCUGACUGCCAUCGUGUGCAACCUGAAACGGGCAAAGUUAAACUGCAUCGCGCUUUCAGUGUGUUUCUAUUCAACUCCAAAGGCGAGAUGCUCGUACAAAGGCGCUCCGUGCACAAGAUAACUUUUCCAGACACAUAUACGAAUGCUUGUUGUAGCCAUCCGUUGCAUGACAUUGAUCAGGAGCGACAGGAAUCGAAUGCUCUCGGCAUUCGUUUGGCGGCCCAACGACGUUUGAACUACGAAUUAGGCAUACCCACAAACGAGAUUGAACCCGAGAAUUUUAACUAUCUAACGCGUAUUCAUUAUGCAAAUAAGGGUGACGGCGUCUGGGGCGAGCAUGAAAUUGAUUAUAUACUUUUUCUUCAAAAGGAUGUCACUUUAAAGCCCAAUACCAACGAGGUUAGCGAGGUACGUUACCUGAAACGAGAAGAGAUCGACGGGGCGAUAGCCAAAUUUAGUGCUCCAUUGACACCUUGGUUCGCCUUAAUACUGCGUCAUCGGCUCAAACAAUGGUGGGACAAUUUACAUAGGCUGAAACAGUUCGAAGACUUGGAAAACAUUCAACGCUUUUAAAAGCAAUCAUGUUGCUGCAAUCAAACCAAAAAUACAUUUGUUCGAACCUCAGUUUUGUUACACCCUGCCGAGUCGGGAUAUUGUAACUAUAACAUGGAAUAUGUAACGCAUAGGAAAUAACUCCGUUGCCAUAGACUAAUUAUAUCUAUACAUCGUUUUGUUUCUUGCAAACAGCUUAAAACUUGGGAUAGAUCCGUCUCUAAGCAUGCUUAUAUCAAGAGUCGGCCGGAUUGUAUUAAUACAUAGCAUAAUAUUUUAAAUUAUGUGAAAUAUAAAUUCUCCUCAAAAUCGAAUUGCUAUAUUAUAUAGCUGACGUAGAAAAUAAAAAGGCAAGGUUAUUAUAUAUAAAAUAUAUAAAUAGAUGGUAAAGUACUGAAAUAUAUUGCACAAAAGGGUAUUCUAUUGUCUACA